AACGCCGUCAACCAGCCGUCAACUACGACUCUCUUUUCUCACCUGCUGCAAUUACAGAAGACGAACAAUCUUGUUUCUCUCCCACCUAUACUUACAAACACACACACACACUUCUCUCUCGUCUCUGUUCAUCACCUCCUUCCCGCAAUCAAAAGAGAAUUGGCGGGUUUGGUUUUAGAUAAUCGAAGUAAUCACGAGUGAUCUCACUUGGCAUUGCAGUUCCUGUUACUUGUGGUUGUUUUAUAUUGUGAAUGUGACUGAGCAUGGGGUCUGCCUGUUGUGUUGCUGCUAAAGAUAGGACUAUAACUAAUGGAUCUAGCAGAGAAAUAGUACAGAGGAAUGUGCGGAAUUCACCGUCAUGGAGCUUUCGUUGGGAUAAUCGAAGGCGAGUGGCGGGAGAGGAGACAUCAUUGACAUGGUCAUCUGAUGGUAUCAGCAGGAAUGAUGGGCUGGAUUUUAAAUCUAGGACAACUGUAGGAAGCGCUUAUGCAUCUGAAGAGGGUAGUCCAAUUAAUAGUUCUCAAAAUCUUAUGUGGCAGAAGUCUCCUGUUGCUGAGGGAAAUAGAGGGACUUUGACAAUCCCCCCUUCAGAUCCACCAGUCUCCGGAAAUUCCAUGGAGGUGAAAGAUUCUAGGGCGUCGCCUACAAUCUCAGACUUGUCAACCACAAAGAUGUCUCCUUCGAUGCGUUCAGUUUCAUCCUUUUCAGCAUCUCCAUUGUCAUCCAAGAGUCAUGUGCUUCCCUUGAGCUCAACUCCAUCGAGAUGGCCUCGUCGUUCUCCAGGACACCAGCUAUUACGGCAAGUAUCUGAUAGCCGGAUUCGAAGACUCAAGUCACCAAGUUUCUCAAUUUCAGAGGAAGGUUCUCCUUUUGUGCUCCCUGGGUGGAGUUAUGAAUCAAUUGGGAUGUCUCAAGGCGGAUCUUCAGAUAACUGGGCUAUUCCUGAGUUUACUGAGCUCAUGCCAACAUCUCAUAGAGAGAGGUGGUCGUUUGAUAGUGAUUCAAUGGGCAUGAUUCGUCAUAAACUAUCCAGAUCUAGUGGUCGUAGUUUUUCUUCUCCACCUACUGAGGUUAAAACUUGUGGGCUUUGUGCAAAGCUUAUAACUCAGAGAUCUUCGUGGGGUAGUCAGAAAAUCAUGGCAAAUAAUGAGCUUGCUGUGCAUGCGGUAUUAAUCUGUGGACACGUUUACCAUGCUGAGUGCCUGGAGAAAAUGACACCAGAGGUUAGCAAGUAUGACCCUGCCUGCCCAGUUUGUACAUUAGGGGAGAAACAGGCCUUUAAAUUAUCUGAAAAAGCAAUGAGAGCUGAAAUGGAUUUAAUGACUAGAAUCAGCAAGAAAUUAAGGAGUCGAGUUGUGGGCAGUGAUCUCAGCAGUGAAUCUGUUGUAUUUGAUCGUCAAAGAAGUAGUGGUCUGGAGAGUAGAGGUUAUAAAUUAAGCACAAGUUCGAGUAUGAAGAGCUCUUUUGCGAAACCAUUCUUUAAGAGACGUUUUUCAUUUGGGUCAAAGGGGUCUAAAUCUCCAUCUGAGAACCAUUCUACUCGAAAGAGUGGGUUAUUCUGGUCAAAAUCUAGCAAGAAGUAAGCUUUUCUGUGGCCCUGCAGAGGAAUGCGCCCCUGUUUCACAGGCUCUGUAAUCGAUCAUUUUCUGUGAUGUUUAAUGAUUAUAAAACAUCAAAGUAGGAAGGGGGAGCAAUGAUAGUCAUCCGAUCAUACGUAGGGUUUACUGUAUCGACAACCAUAUUCAAGCAGGAACACUAUAGCAUAUGAAGAUAUACCCUCGAGGGUUGUGAAACUGAUACGCAGGGGAAUGAUUUAUUCAGUAUAUAUCACAAGAUUGUAGAAGAUAAUAUAUUUAUGCUGCCUUCUUAGUAUUUCAUAAAUUAAAAUUUCAUUUGGUGGACUAAUAUAUAACUGCAUUGAAUUUGUCUUGGUGUCA